CGUGGCAAGCAACCUAAUGCAGAACAGUAAAAGGAUAAACCGUAGGUUUGAAAAGAAGAGGGAGAGAGUCAAAAAUUUUAGAGGGAGAAAAACGCAACAGAAGGAUGGGAAAGACGCAGUUCACUAAUUUUUGAAACUUCAUUCCAAAUCUUUGCCGUUUUUUUCUUUGUUCGUCUCUCACUUUCUCUAGGGUUUCUGCAAUUUUUUCUUCCUAUUUUACUAACGAAAUAUGAAGAGGAAACUUGACACUCGUUUUCCCGCCGCUCGAAUAAAGAAGAUUAUGCAAGCUGAUGAGGAUGUUGGAAAAAUUGCUAUGGCUGUCCCUCUGCUUGUUUCUAAAGCAUUGGAGCUAUUUCUGCAAGAUUUAUGUGACCGAACAUAUGAAAUAACUUUGUUGAGGGGUGCCAAGACUGUGAAUUCUUUGCAUCUAAAGCAGUGUGUACAGGGCUUUAAUGUUUUCGAUUUUCUCAGAGAAAUUGUUGGCAAGGUUCCUGACCUUGGUGGUUUGGAUGCUGCUGGUGAGGAUCGUUCUGUUCCCAAAAGAAGGAAAGUAGUUGAUGAUGAUCAAAAUGCUAGUGAUGAUGAGCCAAAGAGGAGCAGAAUGCAUGAGACUGCCCAUGUUAUCAGCUGUGGCAGAGGUCGGGGUAGGGGCACAGGGAGAGGUCGUGGAAGAGGGAGUCAAAUAACAAAGAGAGAUACAUCUGCACAAUGUGAAAAGUUUGAAGAUGAUCUAGACAUUUCUUAUUUUCAAGAAAAGCAUACUUUAAGUUGUGAAAGGCUUGACGAUGAGGCAGAGCCUGAAGAGUUGAAGAAACAUAAUCCAGCUGGCAAGAACAUUGAAGCCCCAGUUCGAAACUUUGACCUUAAUGCUGAUUUGGAUGAAAAUGGGGACUCAACCACAUCCAUUGCUCCAGCAACAACAGACAACAUACCUGAAAAGGAGCAAUUACCUGGUUGGUCACUCUCUGAAAUUGAGAACAUGGCUAUUGAUCCAAUUGAACUUGCUAAUUUAAGCAGGGAGAUAGAUGAGGAAGACUAUGAUGAAGAAGUCUAAGCAACUGAAUCUCUGCUUCAACAUUUGGUAUUAUAGUUGGCUGUCUCAUACAUGUGCAGUUCUUUUCUAAGAUAGAGAAAGUAGAAUUUAAGCUUGGAAAAGAGAAAUGUGGUAGGAAGAAGAAGAAGCACUGAAAGGUACAUUCUAGAUAGGUAAUGUUCUGAUGCUUUUAGCAUUUUAUUUAAAAAAAUUUCUCUAGGAGUGUGUAAUAUAUGUUUAUACUAUAACCGACUGCACUCUUCAAUUCCUUGUGUCCUCUGAUGACUAAGGAGCAAAGAUCUUUUAAGAAAAGAAAAAGAAUACUGUUCCUGCUACCGUUAAUGUCAAUAUAGUUUAUUCCAUUUUAAAUAUGUUUGUCUUUUUGGGCUAUAUUUUAAGUUAAUUUGGAUGGGUUAAAUU